CUUCUCAUUAUCGUUCUCAAUUGUCGUCAAUGGGUACUUAUCGGUGUCAGGCAAAUAAAGGUCUGCAGGUCCUUUGAAUGUUCCUUUUUUGUCUUCAAGGGGUGCAUGCAGUAGCAUGCAGACUAUGAAGACCCAAGUGGCAAACAACGUGGCAACAAGGCGACCGAGAUAAAAGACAUACUUCGUCGCGUUCCCUAUAGCACUCCUUUCUUCCGCUUUCCAUCGCGGUUCACGGAUACCUCUCUCUUACCGAACCAAUUAUGGAUCUAGAUAUGGCAAUUGACAAUCGCGCGAGUGGCAAUUCUCUCAACGAGAGUGGCACCAGUCUUUCAAGGAGUGUACCUCAUACACCUGCAAGGUCUAAUGCUGGAUUUAGAGCACAGAAUAUUUUAUCUCCGCCUUCAAGUCGAUUUGCACGCGCUCAACGACCCAACGCAUUUACCCCUCCUGCUACUCCAGCCCCAAACACUCCCUCAUCCUCAAAGACAUCUAGACGUGCAUUGAAUGCGCAUCGUGGACGAUCAUCUCGAUUACCUGAGCAAGGAAUUCCACCCGUAAACACAAGGACACCUAGUGGAAAUCCCGGUAGGCUCGAAAACCACAUCGUGACUCUUGAAGAUUACAACCAUGAAGACGAAUCCUCGGCCGAUGACAGGGAUGACUACGUUCCCGAUCCACCUGGGGGAGCGUCGACAACUCGUCGCGGGAGACGUCGAUUGUCAGAACCUUCAGGAAGUUCCCACUCACCCAGGAAUCUAAGGACACCCAGAAGAGCUCCUCGUAGAUCGGAUCCCGUGCAUGCUACCCAUCGCAUCGUGCCUUUAGAAGAUUAUAACGAUAGUGAAGAAUCUUCUGACGAUAUGUUGGAAGACUAUGUGGCAGAAGAAGUCAUUCCUCAGGACUCGGUGGAAGCAAUUGACGAAACAACGGAGGGGUUGUGUGUUGGCUUGUCCACGGCUGAGGUUGAACAGCUGGUUCUCCAAUUGUGUCAAAACUCAAAUGAGCCCGAAAAUGAAACCCCGCAAUUUGAAAGAACUCUAGAGAGUCAUCGUCUUCUACCAUAUCAAGUCAAAGGUGUGGAUUGGAUGAUCGGUAGAGAAAAUGUCGAGAGAAAGAAGAUGGGGGGUAUAUUAGCAGAUGAAACAGGGUUGGGCAAAACAGUCCAAACCUGCGCGCUUAUCAAGUACGAUCAUGUCAAGAAUCCGCAAGAAGUUCGCUACCACCCGACGCUUGUCAUCGUACCCUCGGCACUAGUUUCUCAGUGGGAAGCUGAAUGCGACAAGUUCCUUCCGGCUUUGAAAGUGGUCGCCUAUCGCGGCAGUCCUAAGCGUCGUAGUAUGUACGAGUUGCUAAACGCUGAUAUCAUCAUAACAACCUAUGGUGUUGUACGCCACGAAUAUAUGCUUCGUCAAUUCUCGGCGGACCGGUUUCAGGCUGGACACUUUCUGAAUAGCAUUGGGCUCAGGAAACGAAAUAACGGUCGAAGCAUCGAUGAAGUUCUCAAGGACGCGCUAUUCAGAAUAGGGUUCAGGAGAGUCGUCCUCGAUGAAGGGCACAAUAUACGAACUCAUACAACUAGUCGUGCCAAAGCAUGCUAUGAACUACAAAGCACUUUUAGAUGGUGUGUAACAGCGACUCCGAUACAUAAUUCAGUGAUGGACUAUUACUCUCUUUUACGGUUUCUAAGGAUCAAGCCAUACUGCGAUAUUAUGUGGUUCAAGGAAAAAAUAGAGAAACCUGUUGGCAAGACGAUAGGAUGGCAGGCAGGGAAGGCAAUUAAAAGGCUGCAACUGUGUCUGACUCAAGUUCUUAUCCGACGUCGAAAAGAAGAGUACACAGACGGGAGGAAGAAUCUGGAUUUGCCACCAUACAUCGUACAUUGUGAUCCUUUGAUCACGCGGCUAAGUGCGGAGGAAACGGAGAUAUAUGGUGCAUUACAAGCAAGGUUUAGUUCGAUUGUGAACCAGUUCGAGUUAUCCACGCAGUGUAUAUUUGUACUUCUCCUGAGGCUGAGGCAAGCGUGCCUUCACCCUUCUUUGUUACUGAAGACGUAUAAGAAUGACGUGCAGGAGAUAUUGAGACGCACGAACGAGAGUGGAAGCGGAGACCAGGAUGAGACUGGGGAAUUUGAACAACACAAUGCGACGGAUUAUUGUGAGCUUUGUGGGGCAAGGUUCUCCGAGAUCAACGACAACUUACGAGCUCAUAAAGAAGCUUGCAAAGCAACUCUACAACUCUUGGCGAGAUAUGCUUGUGUCAAUGGGGAGCAGCGGAUCAUGUCUGAGAGGGUGAAGGAGGUUAUGCGCAUCCUAAGGGAGAUUCCUGAAGGGGAGAAGGUCAUCGUGUUCUCUCAGUUCACGACGAUGUUGGAUGUGAUGCAAGAAUUUUUGCGAGAUGAGGGGAUGAGGUUUGUGAGAUAUGACGGAACCAUGGAUGAGAGGUUCCGGGAGAAGAGUCUGGAGAUGAUUAAGGAUAAAAAUAGUGGUGUCCGGAUUAUUUUAAUGUCGUUGAAGGCAGGAGGGGUUGGCUUAAACCUUGCUCGGUGCAACCACAUCAUUCUCACCGAUAUUUGGUGGAAUCCGGCUAUCGAGGACCAAGCAAUAGGUCGUGCACAUCGAAUGGGUCAAAGGCGACAAGUGCAUAUCUACAAACUGGUUGCGGAUGGGACUAUCGAAAGUCGGAUAUUGCACUUACAGGGUAAAAAACGGAGGCUUGCGGAAAUGACGCUGGCAAGUGAUCAAUUGGAGGAGGUGAAACAGCUGUCUCUCAACAGGGCGGAGGUUAUCGCGCUCAUUACUGGGAGAGACCCCCGGAUGGCGCCUGCUGCUCCAAAUGUUCUGUGAUUCUGGCCUGCACUGGGAGAUUUACAGCCGUUUGCAUAAAGGUUGAGACUGAUCAACCAUGUAUUCUAUAUAGAAAUCUAACAAUUUGGUGCCCUUAGCCCUAAUGUCGUUAAUUGACAAGUCUCAACCUUUAUGCAAAGGGCUGUAAUGAUAAUUAAGUAUCUAUUCAAGUAAUGGACCGUACUGACUUUACACCAGAUCAGCUUAGGCGGAAGCUGACUUUGUGUCGUCUCUCCAACCCCAGAAGUUUUUUCAAUAAUUUACUACGUAAAUCAAAAUUUCCAGUCCAACCCGGCGCCCCCCCGAAGUUACCCAUUUCUGUGUCCAUAACUAAUUUCCGGACCAUCUUGCGAUUGAGGUGGUAUUAGGGCUAAUUUUUCGCCCAGUCGUGUCUACAUUUUCGAUAGGACAUACACAGAUAUAAUAGAUACAUAGUGCUCUGGA